AUGUCUUCGACACAUUGUAUUAAUUUGCUAAAAGGGUCGCCCGCCACGGCUCUUCUUCCCACCCAGCGCCUAAGUGAUGCUGCGGUAUCGGCAUUGUCGAAGCCGGAAGUCACAGUAACCGGCUUGGACUAUGGGCCGGAUGAAGGUCAUUUUCCAUUCAGGACUCAUCUUGCCGAGUGGCUUACGGGAUACUACAAACCCUCUCAGCCGAUUGAAGCGGAUCGGAUCUGCGUAACCGGAGGAGCGAGCCAGAACUUGGCGAAUAUCCUGCAAGUCUUCACUGAUCCAUCACAAACAAGGUACAUAUGGAUGCCACAGGCGUCCUAUCAUCUUGGAUUCAGAAUCUUUGAGGAUGCAGGGUUCUACCGCAGGUUAAGGGCUGUUCCUGAGGAUGAGGAGGGGAUGGACAUGGAGUUUCUUGAACGCGCUCUCGCUAAAGACGGGGCGGUUGCAGAGAGGGCAGAAGGAUACAAGCGUCCCGAAAGCUACCGGAAGAUAUUUAAACACGUCAUUUACUGCGUGCCUAACUUCUCCAAUCCCACAGGCAUCACCAUGUCUCUUCGAAGGCGAGAGGCUCUUGUCCGCUUAGCUCGCAAAUUCAAUGCUCUAGUAAUUUGUGACGACGUCUACGACUUUCUGCACUGGCCCGCCGCUCAUUGUUCAGAUAAUGGAAAUUCAUGGGGAUCCAUCCUACCUCGCGUCGUCGAUCUGGAUCGGACGCUUGAUGGUGGACCACGAGAUAGCUUUGGUAACGUCGUCAGCAAUGGGACUUUUAGCAAAAUUGUUGCCCCUGGGUGUCGCGUUGGAUGGGCCGAGGGAGAGCCUCAAUUAGUGUAUGGCCUGUCACAAGUAGGCUCUACAGUGUCAGGGGGCUCUCCAUCUCAACUCAUGUCGACCUUCAUUGAUGAAAUGCUACAAGAGGGAUCCGUCACGAAGCAUAUAAGAGAGGUGUUAAUCCCGACAUACUCUCGCCGACACUCCUCUUUGACAUCGGCGGUCAAGGAGAGACUGUGUCCCCUGGGAGUUGAGAUACAUGCGGAUACAAGUGAUUCAUUGCGUGCUGGAGGCUUUUGCGUGUGGAUCAAAUUACCCCAGCCACUCACUGCUCGCAAUGUCACUGAAAGAGCACUGCGGGAGGAGAAUCUGAUGGUCGGAAAUGGCGACCUGUUUGUCGUCCCUGGGGAUCAAUUCUCAACGUAUCAGGAUCAAUGUUUGAGACUUUGCUUCGUGUGGGAGAACGAAAGAGAAUUGACCGAAGGAGUCAGUCGGUUGGAGAAGGUGCUGGUCAGGAUGCUCAAUGAAGAAAAGAGCUAA